AUGGAGAUGGGGAAAGGAGGGGAUUCUCAGAGGGUGAAACAGAGGUGUAACGUAAGCGACAAGGUUUCGUUCUCCGGUGGUGGUCCCUCGCUCCGAUCGACGAACCGGUUCAGCGUGGAGUUGUACACGGACUCGAAGGCGGGGAGGAACAAUACGGUGCUGUUGGAGACGAGGGUGGCGCUGGGGUUGGGAAACAGGAGAUUCCGCGGCGCGAAGGAGGUGUCGAGGUUGGGGAAUUUGCAGAGGGCGAGAGGGGAAAUGGUGGUGCAGGGGGAUUUGGUGAGCGGUGGAUUUGGGGAGACGAAGCAGUGGUAUAACUAUGGAGGAGGAGAAGAAGAAGAUGGGUCGGACAAGUGCUAUUUUAGGGAUGUUAGCAGCAAGAACUAUACCAUUGUUCAUGAUAGGCAGGGGAAUAAGUGCCAUAAGUGA